ACGGGUCGGAGUGUACGCCCUAUUGCAACGGAGGAAACCAAGGAUUCCUCGGGCCACUCACAGAGGGACACCACGACUCGUUUGAGAAGCCGGCUGCUUGCUGGCAGUAACAGGACGCCGUCGAUAGUCCUGGUUGUGGAGACUGCCGCAGUGCGAGUGGCAGUAUAAGAUGGUCAUUGUCCAAUGUCUGGGGCCGCAGCGACAUCCGACCACGACAACGGCCGCACACGACACCCGAGUGAUCAAUGUCUCAACUCGAAGACCUCGCUCGCUGCCUGACCUCCUCUGGGUAUGCGCCGCACCCCGAAGGCGAGGGCACAUACGUGUUGUACACGGAUGACGGCUCUGCGAUCCUGAAACAUUGGACGGGAGACAGCUUCGGAAACGAAGAGCUCCUCACCUCGUCCGUCCGACCGGGGUCCACAGCCGCGUAUAUCCCCACCCCCGACGGCGGCAUCCUUGCAUACAUCACUGACUCUUCGGCCGUCGCCGUUCUGCAGUUCGAUGAGGACGAGGAAGAAUGGGUCGAUGCCGAUAACCUACCGCGUUGCGAGGUCCACGCUGACGGCCAACUCACCGCGUCGCUUGACCCCGCUGGCGAAGUCGUCAUCACAUUCCAGGACAACGCGGGCCGAUUGAUGUGCCUGCACGAAGCCGGCGAGGGGGAGUCGUGGACUACGACGGAGAUCGAGGGCGCUCAAAAGCCUGCCCGAGGAACUCCCCUGUCGAUCCGCGUCGACCCCGAUACUCUCGCCCUCGAAGUCUUCUACGUUUGCGCAGACGAUAGCGCCAUACACAUGGUCGUCAAUGAGCAUGGAGGCAUGCUUUGGACUGACGUCGUCGUCCUUGCCACCGGGUGCGGCAGUCCCUUCAAACGUGUCCUCGUAACGAAACGACCGGACCAAGCUGGCUUCACGGCGUAUGCGCUCACUUGCGCGGAUACCAUAUUGCAGCUGGUAGCCGGAGAAGCUGGACACGAGCUUGGGCGCGUCAACAAGGACGGGAGCGUCGUAGCCAGCACCACCGCGGAAUGCUGCAUCGUGAUUUUUGGGUUGGAGAUCAAGCUCCAGUUCAACCUACAAAUCGGGGCCAGCCCGGCCAGGAAACGCAGGUUCUUCGGUUGA